GACAGAAUCUGAACCUCUUUUUCUGUUUCUCUCUCUCUCUCUCUCCCACUGUCUCUCUGUCUCUCUCAUUCUCUUGCAACAUGGAAUUUGAAAAGCAUGAAAAAGGAAGCUUAUUAAAUGAGAAUUUAGAGGAGAAACUGACGGUCUCUUCUGGUGAUUCUGAAGCCAAACCUCUGAUCUUCACAUUUGUCCCCACUGUCAGAAGACUACCAACCCACUCUAAGUUGGCUGACACCUCUAAAUUCCUUGUUAAAAUUCCUGAGGAACCAAGUGAUAAGAAUCCAGAAGCUGUAAAUAGGUCUGAUUCCAAUGAGUACUUGACCUUGAAUGCUGGGAGCCAACGGGAGAGAGACCAAGGAACAUUGAUUUAUCCUUCAGAGGUCAGUGAAAAUAUUUCACAAGGAAGGGGACUCAAAGCAAACGAACUUCAAGGAAUGCAGCAAAGUGACCUCUUUAAAGCUGAAUAUGUCUUUGUUGUGGACUCGGAAGGGGAAGAUGAAUCUACCAGUGGAAAAGGUGAACAAGGCCCCCCUGGAGGGAUGGGCACCACAGCUUCUCGGCCCAAGUCUCUAGCAAUUUCCUCCACUCUGGCCUCUGAUGUGGUACGUCCCAAAACACGGGGGACAGACCUCCAGGCCCCAUCACAUCCUGAAAUGUCUCAUGGGAUUGCCCCUCCGCAAAAGCAUGGGCAGUUAACUUCUCCCACUACCUCUGAGCAGCUUGCCUGUAAACCACCUGCUUUCUCCUUUGUUUCUCCAACUAAUCAGAAAACGCCACCUGACCCAGUUAACCUCGACGGAGCCUCUGUGCUAGAGGAAUUCCACACUAGGAGGCUGGAUGUCAGUGGGGCCUUGGUGGAAGAAACAGCUACGUAUUUUCAAACUUCUGCUCACUCUUCACCCUUUUUUGCAUCGAAGGGCACCUCCUCGACGUUACAGUUUCCCCAUUCCACUCAGUUAUCAGGUUCUAAUUUAUCCAGUCCGAGUGCAGCAGAUCAGAAACCUGGACUGGCAUCUGAAGUUCUGAAGAAGACAACAACUUUAAGUUCGCACGUCCUUAGCCCCAGAGAAAGCCCAGGAACCACUUCUCCUUCACCAUCCUCCAGUGCUUCUCUGAAGUCAAAUUCGGCCUCAUACAUACCAGUCCGUAUUGUCACGCAUUCACUCUCUCCAAGUCCAAAACCAUUUACCUCCUCUUUCCAUGGCUCUUCUUCCACUAUCUGUAGCCAAGUGUCAUCUAGUGGAAAUCUCUCAAAGUCAGGGGUGAAAUCCCCAGUGCCCUCCCGGCUUUCUCUUCUCACUGCCAUCCUCAAGUCAAAUCCUUCUCACCAAAGACCCUUUUCCCCUGCAUCCUGUCCCACUUUCUCUCUUAACUCUCUGGCUUCUUCCACACUCACUCUGGAUCAAAAAGCAAAACAAACCCCACCCACACCUAAGAAAUCUCUCUCUAGUUGCUCCCUGAGAGCAGGGUCUCCAGAGCAGAGGGAACACCAGGUUUCCGAACUUAGGCAGCAAUCCUUCCACUUACCUUUUCUGGCCAAAUCUACUCCCCUUUCUCAGGCAUGCUCCCUUUCUCCCACAAAACAUGACAGUAGCAGCCUCAUUUCUUUGAAUGUAGAGAAAGUGUCACCCACUUCUUUGAAGAGCAACCCAACAGUCUCCCUGCUACAGACUGAUACAUCCAGUUCUGCAAGACUUCCUCCUGUUCCACCAAGUGUUCCUCCUGUUUCUUUGAAGGGCAAACAGGAUGUUGACCUCAGGGGCCCAGAAAAGCCCAGGAAUAUUCACAUACAUCCUACAUCAGUCUCCUCUGCAUUAUCUUCUCUAUCUCCUCCCACUAACCAAAGAGCCAUGCUCUCCUCUCCAGAGAAAUGUUUCCAUCCUUCCCCAGCUCUUUCAAACCUGAUAAACAGAUCCAAGAGAGCAGCCCCACAGCUAGGUGGCCAGGGGCAGAACCUUUCAACUCCUCUUUCAACCCCUGUCUCCAGUGCUAGCUCUGCCUCUCUUCCCAAACUGGGGUCCUCUCCUCUCCCUCGUGCUAAUCUGCCGACCCAGGCGCUCCAGCUCAGUCCAACACUGUACCCAAAUUGUGGCAGUGGUACCUUGCCUUCAAGACUUGGAAAAUCUGAAAGCUCAGUAUCCAACCACAGGUCAUCUGUUUCAACCCGAUCACCUCCCAUCUCUCUAACAAGAACCAAGGAGCUGAUUUCACCUUAUGCAUUGUCCAUGUCAACAGGCCCUGAAAAUAAGAAACCCAAGCAAUACAAGACCAAGUCAAGCUACAAGGCUUUUGCAGCAAUCCCUACAAACACAUUGCUUUUGGAACAGAAGGCACUCGAUGAGCCAGCCAAGACUGAAAGUGUCUUCAAGGACAACACAUUAGACCCGCCUCUGGAGUUUUGUUUCCCUGCACAGCUCAGACAGCAAACUGAAGAGCUCUGUGCUACCAUUGAUAAGGUCUUACAGGAUUCCUUGUCUAUGAAUUCUUCUGAUUCUCCUUCAAGUUCCUCACAGACAUUGUUGGUUUCUGACACAAUGAAAAUGCCUACAACUCUUCCGAGAGCAGCUGGUCGAGAAACCAAAUAUGCAAACCUGUCCUCCCCAUCCUCUACAGUAUCUGAGAGUCAGCUGACUAAGCCUGGAGUGAUUCGCCCAGUACCUGUAAAAUCCAAAAUAUUACUGAAAAAAGAGGAGGAAAUUUAUGAACCCAACCCUUUCAGUAAAUACCUAGAAGAUGAUAGCGACUUCUUUUCUGAGCAGGAUGUGACAGUUCCUCACAAGCCUGUUUCUCUCCACCCUUUAUAUCAGACUAGACUCUAUCCUUCUGCUAAGUCCCUGCUGCCUCCACAGACUCUCUCACACGCUGACUGUCUUACCCCAGGACCCUUCAGUCAUUUGUCCUCCUUCUCACUGAGUGAUGAACAGGGGAAUUCUCACACCCUGUUUAGUGGCAACACAUAUAAUAAGCUGAGUCAUCCAAUGGUGGCUAUUCCUGAACAUGAAAUUCUUGAUUCCAAAGAGGUGAGGAAACUGAGGCUGAGGGAAAUCAUUAUAUUGCCUAGAACCAAAUAGCUGGGAAGGGUCUGCUCCAACAGGAAUUGAAUCCAGAUCUGACUGCCUAGAGCCUGAGCUCUUAAGUGCUCUACUACUCUGUCCAGCUCUCUACCUAAAUCUCUCUAUCCUAUCGAAAUCUUGCUUCCUUUUAAAGUCCUAUUUUAGAAUAUUAAUAAUUUAAGAGAAGAAAUUAUCUUUCAUCACAUUAUUUGCAUUGUAAAAAUUCUGGACUUUCUGUGAUUUUUGUCUGUUUUGUUUAUGCAUGAUGCGUUUAUCUACUGGUAUUCUUAUUGACUUGUGAACUCCCUUUAUAUUAAAGAUAUUCACUCUUUGUCAGUGUGCUAGCCCUUUUAGGGUGAUAGUGGCAAAUUGUGUAACAGUAAGAAAUCAGACAAACCAUUAUGUCCAAAGGUGGAAUGACUGAAUAAAUUUUACACUGAUUUCGGUGAGUGUUUUCAUAACUUUCCCAUUCGGCCAUUGAGUUGACAGCCUGCUCUGCAUUUCUUGUCACUGAUUAAUUAGCUUCUUGACUUCAGUAACCUGCAGAGGCUUAGCUUCUCUCCAGCUCUUAAGCCAUUCCUUCUGUCAUCUGAUCUUUU